AUGUUCGAUCAUGUCAACCAACUCGUUCCACUCCAUGCAAGUCCUUUUGACGGACGUCGGCUCCCGCGAGAACCCCUCUGCGGCAGUAAAGUGGCUAUGGGGAGGGAUUCUUUCAUGAGCAUCGGGACGCACUUCUCUUCAACAUCCGAGGACCAUGUCGUUGGUCGUAGACACUCUGCUGCUUACAUAAGCCGCUGCUGCGGC